UGAAAAUUUAAAAAAUUAAUAAAUAACUGAAGAGAGAAAAUAAUAAAAUCACUCGAAGUUUCACAAUAAUAUCUCCACCUCUCUAAAAAUUCACGUUGAUUUUGACUUAAUCGUCUUCCUCCGUCUCCGACUCUCCGUGCCGCCGGCUCGGUAGCAACAGAAACCGCCGAGGUGUCCGUCGUCUUGGAAGGAGGCUAGUUCUCUCCGUUACCUGAGAUCUGAAUUGAUCUGUUAAAAUGAGUGCAACAAGCAAAACGGAUCAAAAGGCGGCUUUAGACAUUGCAUCAUGGCUCUUCAAUGUCGUUACUUCCGUUGGAAUCAUCCUCGUUAACAAAGCCUUGAUGGCUACUUACGGCUUUAGUUUCGCUACGACGUUAACCGGUUUGCAUUUUGGAACAACGACAUUGUUGACAACUUUCUUGACAUGGCUUGGUUAUAUCCAACCAUCUCAGCUUCCCUGGCCUGAUCUUCUCAAGUUCGUUUUGUUCGCUAACUUUUCAAUCGUUGGCAUGAACGUCAGCCUCAUGUUGAACUCUGUUGGUUUCUACCAGAUUGCUAAGCUGAGUAUGAUCCCAGUUUCUUGUCUUCUAGAAGUUGUUCUUGACAACGUCAGGUACUCAAGAGAUACAAAGCUUAGCAUUCUGUUAGUUCUUGCUGGUGUUGCUGUCUGUACUGUAACAGAUGUUAGUGUCAAUCUCAACGGGUUCCUCGCUGCUGCUAUUGCUGUCUGGAGCACCGCCCUUCAGCAAUACUAUGUACAUUAUCUACAACGGAAAUAUUCACUUGGUUCUUUCAAUUUACUGGCGCAUACUGCUCCAGUACAAGCUGCAUCGUUGUUGUUGGUUGGACUAUUUCUAGACUACUGGUUGACUAAUCAAAGAGUGGAUGCAUUCAACUUUUCAUUCAUAUCUCUGUUCUUCUUGAUACUCUCAUGCAGUAUCGCGGUUGGAACCAAUCUCAGUCAAUUCAUUUGUAUUGGAAGAUUCACAGCGGUGUCUUUUCAAGUACUUGGUCACAUGAAGACAAUCCUUGUCUUGGUUCUGGGAUUCACUUUCUUCGGUAAGGAAGGCUUAAACAUGCAAGUGGUACUUGGAAUGCUCAUUGCGAUUCUCGGUAUGAUCUGGUACGGUAAUGCAUCUUCUAAACCGGGUGGUAAAGAGCGUCGUAGCCUCUCUAUUCCUAUUACCAAGGCACAGAAACUCAACGGGUUAUCUGAAUCUGCCGAGUCUGAUGGAAAGGUAUAAGAGAAAGAAGUGAUCGCAUUGACAUAGAAACAAAGAAGAAGCAUCUCAGAUACAAACAAAACAGGUAGAAAAUAUCAUAUGGAAUAUUUUACUAACAAAGGGGUUUUAAUUAUUUAAUUUCCCAAACUAUACGAUUCUUAUUUACAGAAAAUUUUGUAUUUUUGUUGGUUAAUCUAUUUUUGGCCUUUGCAUUUUGUGUUUUUUUUUCCUAAUUAUCCCAAAUGAAACAUCAUCUGUACGACUGAUAAUAAAAUUUUAAUUUUAUUUUUCUGUUAAUUUUUGUUGUCACCUGUUCAUGUAUGUAGAUAUUUUUUUUUGUAACGUGAAAUAUUUAUUUUUGUGUCAAUGAGUG